AUGGCGUAUGAGAGAGCUCGGGGAGAUGAUAGUGCCUGGAGCCCCUUUAAGUGCUCAAUGAAAGAGGUAGAGGAGACAAAACCCAUAGCUUACGGGUCAGCGUAUUUAACAGUGGAAAGACACUUGGUGGCUCAUGUGGAGCACAGGACAGUCAUUCCCUUACAAGUCUUUGUUUCAGAUACAAGUUGGGUCACAGAAAUGACUUUGGAAUUGUCUCUUGAAGUAUGCAUGGCUCUGUGUGAUGAGGAGAAGAAAUUUCGGCAACAGAGAAAAGAUAACAUCAUGCACAGUAUGAAAUCGUUUCUAGGAGAGGAAGACAGCAAGAACUUGACCACUUCCCGUGAUGUACCAGUGAUAGCAAUAUUGGGUUCAGGAGGUGGAUUUCGUGCCAUGGUAGGGUUUGCCGGAGUCAUGAAAGCACUUUAUGAAUCAGGAAUUUUAGACUGUGCGACUUACAUUGCUGGUCUCUCAGGAUCCACGUGGUACAUGUCAACUUUGUAUUCACACCCGGAUUUUCCAGAAAAAGGACCAAAGGAGAUUAAUCAAGAAUUGAUGAACUCCGUGAGUCACAACCCACUUUUGCUGCUCACUCCUCAGAAAGUCAAACGCUACAUUGAAGCACUAUGGAAUAAGAAAAGCUCAGGGCAGCCUGUCACCUUCACAGAUAUCUUUGGAAUGCUAAUAGGCGAAACACUUAUCCACAAUAGAAUGGACACCACUUUGAGCAACAUGAAAGACAAAAUCAAUAACGCACAGUGUGCUCUCCCACUCUUUACAUGUCUCCACGUCAAACCAGAUGUCUCAGAGCUGAUGUUUGCAGACUGGGUGGAAUUCAGUCCCUAUGAGAUCGGUAUGGCAAAGUAUGGCACUUUUAUGUCUCCUGAUUUGUUUGGAAGCAAAUUUUUUAUGGGGACAGUGGUGAAGAAGUAUAAUGAAAAUCCCUUGCAUUUCUUGAUGGGUGUCUGGGGCAGUGCGUUUUCUAUAUUAUUUAACAGAGUGCUUGGCGUCUCCAAUUCUCAAAAUAAAGGUCCCACUAUGGAAGAAGAAUUAGAAAAUAUUAGGCUUAAGCACCUUGUAAGCAAUGAUAGUUCAGACAGCGAAGAUGAAUCACAGCAUCCAAAAGGCACUGAAAAUACUGAGGCAAAUCAGGAAUAUCAGAAUAGCAGCCAAGAAAGCUGGGUGCAGCGAAUGCUGAUGGCUUUGGUGGGUGAUAGUGCCCUUUUCAACACCAGGGAAGGGCGUGCCGGGAAAGUGCACAACUUCAUGCUGGGAUUGAACCUCAACAGCUGUUACCCGCUCUCUCCUCUGGCAGACCUCCUCACUCAGGAGUCCGUGGAGGAAGAUGAACUAGAUGCGGCCGUUGCAGAUCCAGAUGAGUUUGAGAGGAUAUAUGAGCCACUAGAUGUGAAGAGCAAAAAGAUUCAUAUAGUGGACAGUGGGCUUACGUUUAACCUGCCGUACCCACUUAUCUUAAGACCUCAAAGAGGUGUUGAUCUCAUCAUCUCUUUCGAUUUUUCAGCGAGGCCAAGUGAUUCCAGUCCUCCUUUCAAAGAAAUUUUGCUGGCUGAAAAAUGGGCCAAAAUGAACAAGCUCCCUUUCCCGAAAAUAGACCCAAAUGUAUUUGAUCGAGAGGGCAUGAAGGAGUGCUAUGUUUUCAAACCAAAGGAUACCUCUUCAGAGAAAGACUGUCCAACUAUAAUCCAUUUUGUUUUGGCCAACAUCAACUUCCGGAAGUACAAAGCUCCAGGCGUUCCAAGAGAAACACAGGAAGAGAAGGAUUUUGCAGACUUUGACAUUUUUGAUGAUCCAAAUACACCGUUCUCCACCUUCAACUUCCAGUAUCCCAAUGAGGCUUUCAAGAGGCUUCAUGAUCUCAUGGAGUUCAACACCCUCAAUAACAUAGAUGUGAUCAAGCAAGCUAUGAUGGAAAGCAUUGAAUACAGGAAACAGAACCCAUCUCGCUGCUCCGUGUCUCUUAGCAGUGUUGAAGCAAGCAGAUUCUUUAAUAAGAACAAUCUUAACAACAACCAUACGUAGAGGAUGUGUCAUAGGUCCCACUCCUUCAAGAAGCUGUUUCUGUUUUUAUAACUGGAGUCAAAAAAACAGUAUCAGAGCAUCAUGCUCCUGAACAGGAUUGUGCAAAACUCCUGGAAAC